CAUUCCACGAGGGUGGUGACACGGCUCACACGACUGCGGGAAAACACUGGCUCCAGCUGCUGUCACGGUGCUGGGAGUGAGAGGUGACCUCUUUAUUUUUAGAAGGGGGCUGUCAUAAUAACCCAGCCCUGAGCUUCAUUCACGGCAGGUGGCAGGCACUUUGGAAGUUUGUAAACACCAACUUUCUGAGUAAGGGAGGAGCACCUUUCUCCCAAAAGGACAGACUUUCACUCCUCGGGUUUUUCCUCAUAAUAUUCUGUGUUAUUGUGGAAAAGACGCUAUUGUUUGACCGUAGCUGUGUGGCCAGAUCUUUAAAGGGCAGAAAUGCCUGAAGGGGAGGACUUCGGACCAGGCAGAAGCUGGGAAGUUAUCAAUUCCAAACCAGAUGAAAGACCCAGACUCAGCCACUGUAUUGCAGAAUCAUGGAUGAAUUUCAGCCUAUUUCUUCAAGAAAUGUCUCUUUUUAAACAGCAGAGCCCUGGCAAGUUUUGUCUCCUGGUAUGCAGUGUGUGUACUUUUUUUACAGUCUUGGGAAGUUAUAUUCCUGGGGUUAUACUCAGCUAUCUAUUGUUACUGUUUGCAUUUUUGUGUCCACUGUUUAAAUGUAAUGACAUUGGACAAAAAAUAUACAGCAAAAUCAAGUCAGUUCUGUUGAAACUAGACUUUGGAAUUGGAGAAUAUAUUAAUCAGAAGAAACGUGAAAGAUCUGAAGCAGAUAAAGAUAAAAGUCACAAAGAUGAUAGUGAACUUGAUUUUUCAGCUCUUUGUCCUAAGAUUAGCCUCACAGUUGCUGCCAAAGAGUUAUCUGUGUCUGACACAGAUGUCUCAGAAGUGUCCUGGACUGAAAAUGGGACCUUCAACCUUUCCGGGGGAUACACUCCGCAGACAGACACUUCUGAUGAUCUCGAUCGGCCUGGUGAAGAAGUUUUCUCCCGAGAUCUCUCUGAUUUUCCAUCCCUAGAAAAUGGCAUGGGAACAAAUGAUGAAGACGAGUUAAGCCUCAGCUUGCCUGCUGAGCUCCAGAGAAAAAAGGAACAGUUGGAUGGUGGUCACAGAGCAUGUCAAGAGAGGCCAUCAGCAGCUGGCCUCAGCCUCCCUCUGAACAGUGACCAAGCCUAUCGCUUGAUGGGUGACCUGGCGGGGGACGUCAUCACAGCCGCAGUGUCUGCUGCUAUCAAAGACCAAGUAGAAGGCACGCAGCAGGCCCUGGCUCGCGCUGCCUUCAGCCCAGGAGAGGACACAGACACUGAAGAAGGUGAUGACUUUGAGCUGCUUGACCAGGAAGAGCUGGAUCAAAUUGAGAGUGAACUGGGACUUGCACGCGAGCAGGAGGCAGAGGCGCAGCAAAGUAAGAAGUCCUCAGGCUUCCUUUCAAAUCUUCUGGGAGGUCAUUAAACCAGGAAUUAGCUUACAACAGAAUACAGACGAAUCACCAAACAUCUCAGACAAGCAAAAAAGGAAAAGGAAAAAAAAAAGGGAAAAAAAGGAAAAAAUACAAACUGUAAGCUUUUAAUGAUUAGAUAUUUUUUUUGUUUUCCCUUCUGCAGUGAAUUGGAUAUAUAUCAACUGAUACUGGUAGACUGGUUAUUUCUGAUAGUUAUUUUUAUGUAAUAAGCAUGGAAAUGAACUUUAUAUAUGCAUAUAUACAUUCUGUGGUGUCAGAGAUGAAUACAUGGGGUUGUUUGUAAAGAAAAUUGAAACAAACAAAAACCCACCAGAUUACUAAGAUCCUUCUGUAGGCAUUAUUUUUUCUUUAUAAUUAAUUUUCAAGCAUGUAAAAAUUUAUUGUAACUAAGUGAAAAAUAUUGUGAAGACAUGCUCUAUCAAUGACCCUUCUUCCUAAAACUUGGCAACAGUUUUAAGACUUUGAUGU